AUGGGUCAAAAGUUGAGUUCAGGGAAUACGAAGUCUCAAUCUUCACCUCCUUCUGUUUCGAAAUCUUCUUCCGCGCCUUCUGUCACCGCGAAACCAAAAUCUGAAAAAGAGCCAAAAGACUUGAAGUCGUUAUCAUCAACUUCCAAUAGCAAUAGUCUUCGUGUCGAUGAGUCGAAACCGAAAGUCAAUGUAAUCAACUUUUGUUUCAUUUUUCUAAAUCGAAAAUAA